AUGAAACCAACUGUCCAAUCUCCAAAUGGUUCUGGAAAAAACAAAUUUGUAAUCUAUUCUAAGCCAACAACAACUAAUACAAUAUCUGCCCCAUCACCAUUUAAUACUGGCAGAGGUUUUUCUUUAUAA